CACCAUCUCCACGCAGAAAUCCUUCCCGAUCGACAGAUAUGGUGCUCGACGAAAAAGACUCGGCACGUUCUACAGAAAGUGAAUUGGCAGGACGCAAGCGAGUAGUUCGGACGGGUGAUCCAUACUACGAGGCAGCCGUUAAACGUCGCAGCGGUGGAACAGCACUCGAUGAAUUCUUGCACAAGAGGAUGCUUUCAACGAUGCCUUCAAAUGUCAACACAAGGAACAAUGCUAAUACAAAUGCUGAUAAAGUUUUUACCGAAAGGCAACCUCUCCGAUCUCUUGACAUCAAUGCGCCUGCUCUGAACAUCCCUUUGUCAACUCAGCAGCACGUCCCGGGGUUCAAUCAAACGCAGCCAUGUGUCACACAAAACUCUUUAUCUGGAAGUGUCGGCCAGUAUGCUCCUGCUCAUUAUAAUCAACCAAAAGAAAAUGUUGUCAAAAGUAGUGGCCAUGAGAACACACAAUUAUAUAUUGAUGGAUGUGGUAAUUCUGAGGGUAAGUUAUCAUACUCCACGUGCACCAUGUCUGCUGUUCAGUACAUAAUUGUAAAAGUCUAAUGACCUAUAAUUUAUUUCCAAAAUGAGACAAUUUCACGCGCAGCUCCCAGACGUAGAGGAAGAGGUCCUGCAGUUUCAAAGUUGUAUUCGCACAUGCUUGCUGUUGAUGCUCCAGUUGUA